ACCAACAAGAGAGAUGUUCUUUGUUGAACAUCGUGAUUUAGCAGACAAUUAUCCUUUGGCUGACUACAUGGUUGGUCCAUUGCGUAUGGUGACUUUAAAAAGACAAGUACAUGCAUAAAAGAAUUACCACAAUGACUACUUCAAUCCGGCUAAAAAUUUUCCUUGGAGAAAACAACUCUCAGAAGGUGAUCCUUCAGGAUGGCAUGCCUGCUUCUGUUGGUGAUUUAACAAAGGAAAUUGCAAAGCAGUGUAAUCUCCAAGGAAAUUUUAGAUUGCAAUUCAUGGACCCUGAUUUUGACAAUGACUUCAUGAAUCUCAUGUCCACAUCCGAAAUCCAAGACAAAAGUACCUUAAAGGUGGUAUUUCUGACAGCAUUAAGUGACUGUAAUGACUUAUCCAUACCACAUGUGAACGCAUCUCAAAUUGGAAGUGCGUGCUCCUCAUCAGCUCAGUCACUCUCAUCCUGUGAUGCACUUAUACUUUGCUCUUCUCUGUCUACUUCAACAAACUCUGAACCUUCUGUGAGUUUUUCUUCUGAGUCAUCCUCUAGCAUGAAGUCCUCCGCAUGGCCUGCUGUUUUCAUGGUACCUCGUUUCACAUAUGAUGCAGAGCUGAAACUGGAACAAGGUAAUGCAGCUUUCAAAACUCAGGGCAUUUUUCGCAGUCCUGACCCAAAACUGAAAAGUUCCAUCUUAGAUGGACUUGCAGAAGAAAUGGUUAAGUACAAAGUGUACCCUACUGAUGCAGAAUACAAUCAGGUAGCUGCUGCACUCAUUCAAAAGCACCCUUGCUUGAAAGACAGAGGUUCUGUUAGUGGAUACAGUGGAUGGAAAGAAAGUUUAAAAUAUAAACUUGCCAACUAUAGAACAAAAUUGAGAAAUCUUGGUUGCACAGAAGUGACCGUCAAUUCAGUGAAGCACAAGCCUGAUGGUAUAUCCAGUCCUGCAUACCGUGUAAAAAAACCGCGCAAGGCUGAGGUGAAUUACUGCCCUCCACAUCCACCAGGUGAAACUGAAGAAACUCUUGAGGAAGUCAGAAAAACACUUCUGAUUGAAGUAAAAAAGAACAAUAAGAACAAUGUAAGAAUGCUUAUGGACAAGACUUUGUCAAUUAGGAGGCAUGAAGUGAUCAAGGAACCACUUAUUUCAGACUUCAAAAUCAGGUGGCCUGCUCUUUUCAAAACAGAAGAGAUUUGUGCAGAAUUUGAGAGAAUUACAACAAUUCCAUUGGCAUCAACAUUCUUUUCCAAGCUGGAUGGAUACUCUGGAAAGCUGAUGAAGAUCUUUGCCAACAGAGGAGGAGUAAUUGGACAAAAAAUUAAACACCUCUUGGUGCCCACUACACAGACUGAUGACAUCGAAGUGAAGAGAGAGUGCGUAAUCAAAGCUCUUUGUGCCUACCUAAAUGAAGAACCUACCAGACUGUUUCAGGAGUGUUUUGAUACAGACAGUGCCACUGCACAGGAGGCGAUCCAGGAGACUGUGAUGGGGAUUUAUAUCACACGGCUUGAAGGUUCAGAAAUGGAAGAUAGCCUAGGAGAUGUUGGAGUGGUGUUGGAGGGGCAUAAGGUUCUUCAAAACCUUUGCAGUGUCCCAUAUGCAGCAGCCAUGUUAAUGGGACUAAUAUAUGGACUAAAUCUAAGCUACCCUCCUGAAUUGAGGUACACUUUUGAAGCACUUCAAAAGUUGAUCUUGGGGCUUGAUGGCAAUAAGUUGUCAAACAAAGUGCAAACACUAAAGAGCAAGCUCUUCUGUGUUUAAGGACUGUUCCUUGGAUGCAAAAAUGUUAAUGUUGUGUUUUUAUAUAUAUAUAUAUAUAUAUAAUGUCAGUCACUUGUUUAUGUACAUGUUCAAAAUUGUUACACUUUCAAGCUGCCUAUUUGGUGCUUAGUUCAUCUGUUAAUUUCCAUAAAAGAUUUCUAGCAGUGAUAUGGCAUUUAAUAAUUGUUAGACAUUGUUACACACACUACCAUCUGGACAUUUUGGUUGCAUGUUGGAUUUCUUUUUUUACUUCUUGUGAAAGUAUUUUAUUUAAUUGUAGUUAUCUUGUUAGCAGAGUUUUAAUUUUCACCUUCUGACUUUGUUUUUGAAUCAAAAGACUGCAAAGUUAUUUUAGAUAAUCUUAUAUUUUGCAUAAGAAUUUUGCACAUGCUUAAAGACUCUUUAAUAUAUUGACUGAGCAGGCUGUUUAAAACACUGUUUAUUGCAAGUUUGGCAAAUACAGUUUUAUAAAUUGUUACA